GGCGUGGACACCUCGCCAGAGUCUGCAGGUCGGCGCAGAAGGACCCUACAUCCAACAGCAGGACGGCACAGAAGACCACACCACCCAACGCCCGGGGAAAGCAGCAAUCAUCAGCACCAGAAGCAAGCUACUCGGUGACAGCAUCCCUAUCAAGCGCAUCGGUCAUCAAUCGCACCAGUUGCCAGGGCAAGAUCACCGUGACCCCACUCCUCGACGGCAGACCGUGCACCAUGGAGGUGGACUCCGGAUCUUCGGUGACAGUGAUCUCUGCAGCAUCCUGGCAAGCGUUGUUCCCAACCAGAAGCCGACGGCGGCUCCAGCCUGCGGAGACCCGAGUGUCCGACUUCCAGGGCAACCGAAUUCCCCUGGCCGGACGGGACACUGCGGAUGUUGAGUAUAAGGGGAAAUGUGUUAAGCUAUCUUUUCUUAUUGCCGAGGGAGACCGGGUCAACUUACUAGGGUUGGAUUGGUUUGAGCCAUUAGGCAUUGGUAUUUCAGGAGUUAACAAAACGCUUGAGAAUAAAUGGGAUAUGAUGUAUGACCUGUUCCCUGAUGUAUUUGCAGAGGGUCUGGGGCGGUACAAAGGGCCCCCGGUUGCGUUCGAACUUGAUCCAUCCGUAAAGCCAAUCAGGUUGAAAUAUCGGAAGGUCCCAAUUCCCCUCAGGCCUAGGGUGGAGAAGGAAAUUGACAAACUCGUGGAACAGGGAGUUUUGGAGCCUGUUCCUCACAGUAAGUGGGAAACCCCGAUUGUAACGCCUGUCAAGCCUGAUGGGUCCAUACGCUUAUGCGCGGAUUACAAAUGCACCCUUAACAAGGCGUUACAGCAACACUCCUACCCAGUCCCGGUUAUAAGCCACAUUCUGGCUUCCUUGGGGGGAGGGAAAAUUUUUGCCAAAUUGGACUUGGCACAGGCAUACCAACAGUUGCCUGUCACUCCUGAGGCUGCUGAAGCCCAGACGAUUGUCACCCAUAGAGGCGCGUUUAAGGUAAAUCGCCUGCAGUUCGGGGUAAAUGUGGCGCCCGGAAUUUUUCAAGGCUUGAUGGAGAAACUCUUGAGGGGGGUACCAGGCACGGUGCCCUACUUCGACGACGUAUUAAUAGCCGGGAAGUCUGAAGAGGAACUAAUAGCCCGUGUUAAGGAAGUCUUAAAGCGUUUCCAGGACGCAGGGCUCAGGGUUAAACGGUCUAAGUGCACACUGGGAGUUAACAGUGUGGAGUUCCUGGGAUUCCGGAUCGAUGCAGACGGGGUGCACCCCACGGACGACAAGGUAGCUGCAAUCCGGAACGCCCCCAGGCCGGAGGCUAAAUGGAAAUGGGGACAGGCUGAGGAACGGGCUUUUGUGGGAGUUAAGGAGCUGUUGACAUCUAAUGACGUGCUGACGCACUACGAUGAUCAGAAGCUCCUGGUGUUAGCUGCUGACGCUUCACCUUUUGGAGUAGGCGCAGUUUUGAGCCAUUUGAUGCCUGAUGGGAGCGAAGCGCCUAUCGCUUUUUAUUCUCGGUCUUUAUCUGCGGCAGAGAGGAACUAUGCCCAGAUAGACAAGGAAGGUCUGGCGUUGGUAGCGGCUGUCAAAAAGUUCCAUGAUUUUAUUUUUGGCAGACGAUUUUUGCUGGUCACUGACCACAAGCCGCUACUGGGGAUUUUUGCGCCCGAUAAGCAGUUGCCAAACAUAAUGUCCCCACGUAUGCUUAGAUGGGCGCUCUUUUUGCAGGCGUACGAUUAUGACCUCGAACACCGGCCUGGGAAGGCAAUCGGACAUGCGGACGCGAGGGGGUGGCCGGUUGGGAGCAUUGAGCCUGAAUUCGCACCUUACAAAAGCCGCCAAAACGAACUCUCGAUUUCCAAGGGGUGUCUACUAUGGGGCAAUAGGGUGGUGGUCCCUGCCCAGCUCAGGAAGAGAGUAUUGGAAUCCCUGCACGAGGGUCACCCUGGGAUGGUGCACACCAAAGCAUUGGCCAGAGGGUAUGUCUGGUGGCCAGGACUGGACAAGGAAAUCGAGGAGUGGGUGCGAGUCUGCUCCAAGUGUCAGCAGGUUAGACCUGAUCCCCCACACGCUACACCCCAAGCCUGGGAAUCAUCUGGGAAACCCUGGGCCAGGUUGCAUAUAGAUUUUGCUGGCCCUCUCCAAGGGCAAAUGUUCUUGAUUGUCGUAGAUGCAAUGUCUAAAUGGUUAGAAGUUGUACACAUGAAGUCGACCACUUCACUAGCCGUAAUUCAUGCGCUUCGCCGCCUUUUUGCCACACACGGGUUGCCUGACGUCAUCGUCAGUGACAACGGGCCUCAAUUUGUUUCUGAGGAGUUCAGAUACUUCCUCACGAGUAAUGGCAUCCGCCAAAUGACUUCGGCCCCUUUCCAUCCGGCGUCUAAUGGCCAGGCCGAAUGGCAGCGAGACAUCGACUGCAGCAGAGCACCGGCGGUGGAGGCAGCAUGGCGACGUAGCAGCAGCAGUGGCAAAAAGAUCGAAGGAGCGAUCCCUGGUGGCCAGCAGCAGAACACCGUAUGGCUGACGACGGCAGAGGUGGAGCCCAAAGAGCAUGAUGACGUGGAAUGCAGGCGCAGUGGAGCCCGAGGGACGCAGCCGAGGCUGGAAGCAGACAUGGAUCGUGUGCCGAACGGUCCCACCGAAGGAAGCCACUAA